CGCCGGCCUCGUCCGCUCCAAAUGGAUGGCACUUACGGCUGCUACAAAAAGAGAUGGAUCAAACAGGUGGAAGAUGAGAGCUGCUCGGCCAGUGUGGAGGAUGGCACAGAGUCCACCUCCUCCCAGCAAAGCACCAGUAGCAGAUCCACACCGAACCCCCUGUCCAGUGAAGUCACUGCGCCUUUUAAAAAGCGUCGCUCCAAGUAUAUUACAGAAAUAACACCAGCACCCUCGGACCACCUGCUUCGCCCGCUAUCACCCAUCACCCCUCCGCUUCCAGAGGACUCCCUCCACCCACUGCUCCAGACUCCCUGUGGCUCCCUGCUGCCCAACGGUCUGGCCUAUUCACCUCUGCCCUCGCUGCCUGCCAGCCGCUGCAACACGCCGUUGCAGUUUGAAAACAUAUCAUCCCCUGAGGCGUCUCCUGUCCAUCGUCCCGAGUCCAUAUCCCCUGAGGUACAUUUCUUCUCAC